ACUUCCUGUCGUAGAAAGGGAAUUGUUUCAGUCAGUCCUAGGAGGCGGUACUUCCGACUGCAGACCGAAAGUCUCUUGUCAAUCAUUCUGUGGGGGCCCCGACUCCCUCUUGCAGACGUUAUUCCCAAACUUGUCCCGGGCCACGCCCACAGCCACGCCCACCGCGGACAGCUGUCCGGCCAUGGGCGGAGUCACGUGAACCACAGCGACCCCGUGGGAGAGAAAGGGAAAAGCACAGACCCGAGGGAGGACAGAACCGCGGGUGAACCCCACGGUGACCCAGGUGACGUCAUGACUGCGCUUCGGGGUCGCGGAUCGCGCUGAACGCGGCCCUCGCGAACUGCUCGGGUCGCCGGGGUCGCAGGCCACGCCCACGGAUUCGCAGUCCAGGUCCUACCCUGCUCGAGCCACGCCCACCAUGCCGGAGCGCCCGCCCUUGCGUGCCCUGCGCCGUGACCCUGACGACCCAGCCGUGCGUCAGGCGCUGGCGUCGUUGGCUCGGGGCAGUGAUCUGGUGUUUCCGUCGCGCUUCCAGAAGUGGCUGCGGGACUUCCGGCAGGUUCAUGCCCACAAGAAGGAGGAGCCCUCGCCCCAGUCCCCACCCCCUGGCCACAGCGUCCCUGCCUUCUACUUCCCAUGCGGUCGGCCCCCGCUCCUUCCCCAGGACACGGAGGAUGUCAUCGCCCUCGUGGAGUGCGCGUUCGAGGGGCUGCCUCGUGGGAGGGCGGGUCUGGGCGACAUGGCUGUGGUUGCCAAGGCCUGCGGCUGCCCUCUGUACUGGAAGGCCCCGCUGUUCUAUGCUGCGGGCGGCGAACGCACAGGCUCUGUGUCCGUGCACACGUUCGUAGCCAUGUGGCGCAAAGUCCUGCUGACCUGCCACGAUGAUGCUGCGCGGUUCGUGCGGCUGCUGGGCCGCCCAGGGUGUAGCGGCCUCAUCCAGGAGGACUUUGUGCCCUUCCUGCAGGAUGUGGUGAACUCGCACCCAGGCCUGGCCUUCCUGAGGGCAGCGAAGGAGUUCCACUCACGUUACAUCACCACAGUGAUUCAGAGGAUCUUCUACACAGUGAACCGGUCGUGGUCAGGGAUGAUCUCACGUGAGGAGCUGAGGCGCAGCAGCUUCCUGCAGGCUGUGUCACAGUUGGAGGCAGAGCCUGACAUCAACCGCAUGACAUCGUUCUUCUCUUAUGAGCAUUUCUAUGUCAUCUAUUGCAAGUUCUGGGAGCUAGACCUUGACCGUGACCUCACCAUUGACAGGAGCGAUCUCGCACGCCAUGGGGAUGGGGCCAUCUCCUCCAGAAUGAUUGACCGCAUCUUCUCAGGGGCCGUCACCAGGGCGAGGCUGCCACGCAAGGUCGGGAAGCUGGGCUAUGCAGACUUUGUGUGGUUCCUGCUCUCCGAGGAGGACAAGACCACGCCCACCAGCACCGAGUACUGGUUCCGUUGCAUGGACCUGGACGGCGAUGGCGCUCUCUCCAUGUUCGAGCUAGAGUUCUUCUAUGAGGAGCAGGCCCAGCGCAUGGCCGCCCGGGGCGUGGAGCCCCUCCCCUUCCACGACCUUGCGCGCCAGGUGCUCGACCUUGUCGCCCCACGCUGCCCUGGCCGGAUCACGCUGCGCGACCUGAAGCAGUGCGGCCUGGCGGGCGAGUUCUUCGACGCCUUCUUCAACGUGGACAAGUACCUGGCACGGGAGCAGCGCGAGCAGGCAGGGUCCCCGCAGGACACUGACUCCGACCCAGCAGCAUCCGCCUGGGACAGGUAUGCGGCCGAGGAGUACGACUUCCUUGUGGCCGAGGAGGCGAUGGCAGGGGACGACAAUGAUGACGAAGGGUCCGACCCUGUAGAUCUCUACGGCCUUGCUGACGAGGAGGGCGAUGACCUGGAGCCUCUAUGACGCCCUACUGUGCGCCCAGGAACUGCGCACUUGUGCCUCCCAGUGCUCCCUCCCAAGGCAGCAGGUGACAUCGGGGGCUCGGGGUGUGGCCUCCUCCCCGUGGCUUGCAGCCCUUCUGUGUGCAGGGUGCCGCACACAUGACAUUUGUGGGUUUUUGUUUUUUUUUUUAAUAAAAAGUUUGAUUUGUUUUUUCACCCCGGGUGCACAGUCAGGCUCUCAGGGAUGGGCAACAUGGUGGGCAGUGGGCAGUCAGGCCAACCUCCUGUGAUCCCUUCAGGACAGUGACACGCCCACUUCCUGUUUAGGACACACCCCACUUCCAGUGUGAGACACGCCCAUUUCCACACUUUUCCUCUUGUUCUCAUUGACAUGCAUGUCCCGCCCACUCAUUAGCAUGAAGCAGUUCUCUGUGGUCCAGCUUCUCAUUAGCGUAGCCCUGUCCACCUGUUAUGUUUUAGGUUUUCUCUGCAGGAAGGCACCUCAGUAGCAUAAAGCUCAUUCGCAUGCGCAGGUCCAUUUGCACGCACACCCUGUCCCCUCAUUAGCAUACUCAUUAGUAUGCAUAAAUGGCAUGAACAUAACAGGGUCGGGGUCAGGUAGGGUUGAGUUAGGGUUAGUGGUACAUGUGUACAUGUGUGUUCUGUGUGUACGUGUCCACAUGUUUGCCACGUAUGUAAAUAGAGCAUUGUACGAUAGAACAUGGCCCAUUGUCAACUUUUAAUUCCUACGAAUGACAGAACUUAAAACAUCACCUUUCUCCAUUCUGACCACAGCAGUGUGUUUUCCAGAAGAAUGGUCGACACUUAGUAGGGCUCAGUGGUCACACUCAGCAAAUAGAUGAGCGGUAUGACCCCUUCCGACCAAAGGUGGUCACGUGUUUGUCCUGAUGCAAUUAGGACACAGAGGCCAGGUGUGCAGUGCCACCUUGCGGAAGAAAGAAGUCAGCGCAUCUGAGCCGUCCUCUCCCACGGUAGCCGUGGGGGCUUCGUGUCCAUGAGUGGGAGGAGACCUGAGUCACCCACACCAUAUGGCUCCUUUCUCAACAGAAACCCAGCCUCAGUUUUAAAGGAAAUGGACACUUGAUUUCCUGUAAGACUCGUGCGCAUCCCUCAAUCCGGCAAAAGUCCAUAGGACUCUCAGUCUCGUGAAAAUGGUUGGCAACCCCGGGUGCUGAACACCAUUAGACAACUUGGGCCAGCGUCUUCCAUCUAAUCCAAUGGAACAAUAUCUCGAAAUAUCCACCUAAAAUUCACCUUAGUUAUGGGCCUUUGGCUUGAUACAGUCACAACACCAAGCAACUCAAUCGUUCAAAUCAUAACACCCUGGACAAACUCCAAGCCAAGGACAACUGAGUGAAGCUUAGGAAAAGUUGGAAACAAAAUGGUAGCAGGCAUGGAGGAAAACAAACUAGAGUGCUCAGAAGAUGCAACAAGUCCUCUGAUCUUCCAGUGGGCAGUCACUAUUCACCAAAUGCUGAGAAGGAACACAAUGCCUUAGCCUGCCUUUUUGACUCUCAGGUACAUGGAUUUGGCAGAGAAGCCUCCUCCUUGCUUCUAGGCACCACAAUCCUUUGUUUUCCUACAAAUAAAAUCAAUACAGAUAAGUGCUUUUCGAUCUAUAAACUUUGGAAUAUUGGACUUUA